AUGGGGUCCAAAGCAGGAUUCCGAGUACCGCAGCCUCCUCCGCCGCCGCCCCCCGCCGCCUCCCCCCGGGUCACUCACCACCACUAUCCUCAGCCGCAAACGAGCUUCCCCGGGCCUGUUUUCUCAGAAGAAUGGGCCCGGCCCAAUGAGGACUCAUAUUUUAGGGGAAAUUAUUUCUGGUUUCAUGCAUACUCUGCUUCUUACAAGACAUUGGCUGGUGGUUUUAGCAGAAACCCACGUGGGUCGUGGGUCGGGUCAUCGGCCUUCCGGGUUUUUCGGCGGCCGGAGUCGGCUAGAGCCGGCGAGCAAGUCGAAGCUGUAGCAUACACUGAUUAUGGUGAUGGUGAUGAUGAUGAGGAUGAUGAAAACCAGGGGCUGGAUUUUCCUGGUGGAAAAGUCGCAUUUACCCCCCAAAUGAAGUUCAUUUCUGAGUCCCUUGAAAAGAAGGUGCCCUGUUAUAGGGUUCUUGAUGAUGAUGGCUAUAUAAUUCCUGGCAGCACAUUUGAAAGGGUGGACAAAUCAACUGCGGUGAGGAUGUACAGAAGCAUGGUGACCCUUCAAAUAAUGGACAGUUUCUUUUACGAAGCACAAAGACAAGGAAGGCUCUCGUUUUACAUGACCUCAACCGGCGAGGAAGCCGUUAAUAUUGCAACGGCUGCUGCACUUUCGUCCGAUGAUGUUGUAUUACCUCAGUAUCGUGAGCCAGGAAUUCUGUUGUGGCGUGGUUUCACGCUAGAACAGUUUACAAACCAAUUGUUUGGAACCAAAUAUGGCAGUGACAAAGGCAGGCAAAUGCCGGUACAUUAUGGUUCCAAGCAGCACAAUUACUUAACCGUUUCAUCUCCCAUCGCAACACAGCUUCCUCAAGCUGCAGGGGUUGCUUAUUCCUUAAAAAUGGAUAACAAGGAGGCGUGUGUCGUGGCUUUUAUGGGUGACGGGUGCACGAGCGAGGGCGAUUUUCACGCGGGACUGAAUUUUGCAGCGGUUAUGGAAGCCCCGGUUAUAUUCGUGUGCCGUAACAAUGGCUAUGCCAUAAGCACCCCAACAUCCGAACAAUUUCGAAGUAUAGUUUCCACCCCAACAUCCGAACAAUUCCGAAGUGAUGGUGUGGUUGUUAAGGGACAAGCGUACGGAAUUCGUAGCAUCCGAGUUGAUGGAAACGACACUCUUGCUGUCUACAGUGCGAUUCGUGUGGCUCGGGAAAUGACCAUUCGAGAACACAAACCGGUACUAGUCGAGGCCCUCACUUACCGAGUGGGCCACCACUCGACAUCCGAUGAUUCAACCAAAUAUAGACCGUCUAACGAGAUAGACCACUGGAAAACAGCUCGGAACCCGACUAACAGAUUCAGAAAAUGGGUUCAGAGAAACGGGUGGUGGACUGACGAGGAUGAAAACGAGCUUCGUUCGAGCACAAGAAAACAGGUGUUGAGCGCGAUUCACGAGGCGGGUAAAAUCGAGAAGCCUUCGCUCGAGGAAUUGUUUACGGACGUUUAUGAUCGUGUGCCGUCGAAUUUACACGAACAAGAGAAAUCGCUUAGAGAAUUUGUUGUGAAAAACAAGCAGGAUUACCCUGUUGAUGUGCCCUUGUAG